AUGUUGCUACGUCAGUUAAUUGGCCGGCCGUUCAGGCUUUCAAAGGUCAAUAGUCCUUGGAAGACGUCGCUGAGUCAAUUCAGAUUCAUUUCUGAAGAGGCAAUUUUGCAUCAAAGCAACGCGGGAGAGGAUGACGAUGUCACCAAUACCGGGGUGAUGCUCAAGGAGAACAAGGAGUCGAUGAUGUAUUUUGAUCGCAUCACUCCGUUCAAAACAGGAAAGUACGACAUCAGAAAGCGGUUUGCUUCUUUGUUUGUUGACCACUCCGACAAAGCUCUCAAACAGAAAGUGUUGAACCUUGCUCAGAAUAAAGAUGCUCCAUUGCCUUUGGAAAUCAAGAGUUUCAAGUAUAUCGGCAGAGACGGUGGAGCCUUUGUCAAGUUUGCCGUUCCUCCUGAAAUGGACACCAUUGAAUUCAACAAACAGAUCAUGGAGAACGUCAGCGACAAGUACAAUGACAGUAUUUUGCACUAUUUCAUCCACACCCGUUGCUUUCCUGUUAAGGGAACUCCUUGGAUCGAAGAUCUGAGAAGAUAUCCUAGUCCGAGAAUCAAGCUUUGGUUUGAAGGUCCACCAUUGACCCAGGAAAACCUGUAUCUGCUGCUGAGACGUUACGGAGUGAUCAACGACAUCAUUCCUCCUCCUACAGACUCUAAAGAUCCGUUCACUUUGGUGAUCUACAGAUCCAUCAGGGCAGCAAUCACGGCUCGCCAUUGCGUCACCGGUUUGCGUAUUGGCGACACAGUGGUUCAUAUCCAGUACUCGCCGAUUGUCAAGGCUACCCUGAUUGGAAACUUCAUCACCAACCACUCUCGUAUUGCGUUCCCGCUGAUUUUCGCACUGUUUGCAACAUUUGCGGUUCUGGUCUUUGAUCCAAUCAGAUAUUUCUUUGUGAGCGAAAAGAUCACUGAGAAGUACUCUCUGGAGAAGAACCAGGCUUUCCAGCAGUUGUCCAAGCUCUUCUACAGCACUCGUAGCAGAGUCUCGAGUGUUCUCUCGUGGCCUGCAAAGGCUCGCAGCGGAACCACACACAGCUUCGAAGGAAUGUCCAAGGAACUCGACAGAUUGAGCACUGAGAUCAAACGCUGGAUAGACGAGAACGUGAACUCGUUCAUUAUCAUUCAGGGUCCUCGUGGUUCUGGAAAACGGCAUCUUGUCGAGGAGUUUGUUUUGAAAGACAGACCAAACUGUCUUUACAUUGACUGUGAAAAUGUUAUCAAGUCCAGAAAGGACCAGCAGUUCCUUAGCAGCUUUGCAGGAGAGCUUGGUUACUUCCCGAUCUUCUCAUGGUUGAACUCGGUCUCAUCGUUUGUUGAUUUGGUUGUGCAAGGUCUGACUGGACAGAAAUCUGGGUUGAGUGAGUCCAAGGAAACACAAGUGAAGAAUAUUCUUGCCUUGGCCACUACUGUGAUCAGAGAUAUCUCGCUUUCGAACUACCGUCACACUGCACACGAACAGGAAGAAGUUCAUUUGAAAGAAGAGGACUACUUGCAACAGAACCCUCAGGAGAAGCCUGUGGUGGUGAUCGACCGGUUUCAGGCGUCUCGUAAAGCCAACGAUGCUAAUGCAUUUGUGUAUCGUGAGCUGGCAGAAUGGGCAGCAAACAUGGUGAGCAUGAACAUUGCCCAUGUGAUCUUUAUCACUGACGACGUUGGAAGUCUGGAAACAUUGUCGAAAGCUCUUCCAAACACGCUGUUCAAGCGUUGUCUGUUGACAGAUGCUUCUAAUGCCUCAGUUCACCGUUUGAUCGAGGAACAGUUCUCGCAAGAUGAUAGAUUGGUCAAGUACCUUCAAAGCGAGAAGGAUACUUUGGAGAAAUGUCUGGAGCCAUUUGGCGGUCGUAUUUUGGAUCUCCAGAUGUUCAUCAGACGUAUGCGUUCGGGAGAAUCGCCAGAAGACGCUCUGAACGGCAUUUUGACCCAGUCUAUUGAGAAGUUGAGUCAGCUGUUCACCGGAAGCGGAUCGAGUGGUUACACUGCUGCUCAAGCUUGGUGUAUAAUCAAAUUGCUGGCUCAGAACGAUAUGGUCACCUACAACGACGUUGCGUCGCUGCCAAUGUUGAAAACAAACACGUUUGCAACCCUGCAAGCCAUGGAGAAUUCUGAACUGAUCACCAUUAUUCGUGAGAGAGGUUUGGUGAAAGAGAUCAAACCGUCAAAGCCAUUGUACCAUCUUGCUUUCCAGACGAUGGUUCAAGAGCCUCGGAUCUACAACUCACUCGAGUCCGACUACUUGCUUGAUCUGAUCAAGUUCCACCGUAGUAGAAUCAACCAGUUCGAAGUGGAGCUCGAAAAGUACAGCGGAAUCGAGGACUACAAGCUUUUCAGAGAACGUCUGACGUAUCUGGCAAGCAAGAUUGAUUCUAGUACCAGAAGCAUCAGCGAUUGUGAGAAGAAGCUGGCACAGCUGCAAAAAUGA